AUGAUCAAGGGGGGUUCCUCUGCCGACGCCGUGACCAAAGGGAGCUCGACAGCCUCUAGCAAAAGUGCAGCACAGAACAAAGCACCGAACAAAGCGUCCAAUAGCAACGCAACGGCUGCUUCACUUGGAGAGGAUGUGCAGAGCAAACAACCUAGAGCGGCUGUGUCUGGCGACAGCAGUACAAAUGCGUCGCGCCCAGGCUGCACGGGCAAUGGUAAGGUGCAGGGAAAUGGUAAGGUGC